AAGCGAAAACAUCAUGGUCAUUCAGUUGUUCUUCGAUUUCUGAAGGUGUUGGUUUGUCAAAAUUUGUUUUUAUAAGUCGGUGCGAUUGAUAAAGUUUACUUGAAACAUCAACGAAACGAAAGUGACAUCGCAAGAUUUGCCAGCAACAUUGUGAGAUCACUGAUCGACGAAGUGCUACGAAUUUGUGCAUCAGUAAUACUAAAACUAUGCGAUUAAUAUAAUAUAUCUAGAUGUAGAUGUAUAUUAUUUAAUUCAAAAUAAAUUACAGACGAUAUACAUACAUAUGUAAUAGUGUGAUCAAUUGCAUUUACGAUAUGAUACGAAAAUAACUUAACACCAUAACUGCAUAAUAUAACAUUGUUGUGGUGCUUUACAAAGUGACAAUUGAAACGUAUUGCGCAAGGAAGGUCAUAAUUAUAAUAAGAAAAGUAAAAAAAACUUUGAAUCAAUACAAGAAGUGUCGUUAUUUUAGAAUAAAUUAAAAUGCAAGCGGUCAAGUCGAAAUUCGCGAAAAUGUUAAAUGUUUCAAUGCCGAGGAGAACAGUGUUGCAGAACGUCGCAGCGGCUGUUGCUUCUAUGGUGUUAUUGUCGUGGUUACGCCUUCGUCCCAUUAGUAUUUUCUUUUUGGCACUCUUCUUGUUUUGGAUAUACAAGACACGCUGCAACUUCCGCAUCGUUCCACCGCCCGAAUUGCAGGAAAAGUACGAACGUAUAAAACGAUUUCGAGAAGAAAACAAAGCCAUGUUUACAGGAGUUGCCAGUGUGUCCUGUGUCAUUCUGGGCAUAUCCGGAUUCGUGUUAGGAGGGUUCGCAUUGGUCUUCGCUCUUGUCAUCACAGCGAGUGCAUUUAAGUGGGAGCUGGUGCGAGAAAAUGAAGAUGAUGAAGUAAACGCGACACAAUCUGAAACAGACUACGACGAAUUUGUUCCUGAUGUGAACACUGAGAACCUCGCCUUAUUGGAGGAUGCAAGCGAUUUAGACACUUCACAAGGAGAAGAUUACAAAAAUGAUGAUGAUAUACCUCAAGAACUUUUAAUAUCCGAUUCCCUGCCAGAGUACAGUGAAAAUUCAACAGAUGACGAUGAUGAUAUGAUACCAGUCAUUAACAUUAAAGAGUUGAAUGCGGAUCCCUUAGCGCAAGCACACAAUGUGCAUUACAAAAGGUGUCACUUCAAAUCUGACUCAUCGCGGUCAACCUCUUCGUCAUCAUCUGAGGAGGAGAGUUUGUCGAAAGGUUUGAAAUUCCCCGAUUACGCAAAAGUCGACGAAGUUGAUCGAAGUAAGCGUGUAACGGACAUAGCAAAAGCUCCGGCGGGAGGGAGUGAUCUAGGGGCGGCUUUGGCGUUACAAGCAGCAACGACCCAGUCGCUACUAGAAAACAGCGGCAAACUUUUAGUUGGGCUAAUGCAGUGGAGCGGCGCAAGCAAUACCGCUAACGCCGCAGCGGCAGCCGCUGCCGCCGCCGCCACAGUAGCACAACAAGAAUUGAGCUCGUCCGAAAGCGAGUUCGAGAUUAUAGAAAAUGAAUAAGGAUGGCGCUAGAAACCGAGUUAUUUGGAUGUUAUAAGUUACUUACAUAUAAUUGAUCCAAAGAAAUUCAAAAAUACCAUUAAACAAACAAAGAUGAUAAAUAUCUAGAGUGGAGCACAUUUCAGUGCACUUAUUUCUGGGUGCACUUCUUUAAACCUUUGAAUUUGAAAAUAUGCAUAAUCGUAUUUUUGUUUCGGUUUUCGUUUAGUAGAAUGUAUUUAAAAAAAAAACUUCAUUUCAAUUGCUUGAUGUUCAUUGAAGACGCCUAGCGACGGGUCCAUCGAUAUUCAGCGCUAGUUUUUUUAUGAAACACCAAUCGACUGCUCACACAUAUGCGUAUAAUUUUAGUAGAUAGCGUUAAUUAAUUUUUUUUUUGUUUUUGUUUUUUUACAAAUAAUUCACUUUAUUAUAUAAUUUGUGCGCACGUCUGUGGUAUAGGAAAAUGUUACAUGCCGACAUCGUUUGUCGUCGGAGCGUUCGUUGAUAAUUCGUUUGUACUUACCCUGCAUCGAAGUAAUUAAAUGCAAUAGCGAUCGUUUGAAAAAAUCAUCCGUUUGACGCCAAAUUUUGCAGAUAUAUUCUACCAGCUUAAGGAAAUAGCUGAGAUACAUGUUUUGAUAUUCAAAAAUGAGGAUACGACGACGCUUAGAGCAAAUGCAUACGUACAUAUACAGACAUACAUACAAAUUCAACUACCCACCCACUUACGAACCGGUUUACUUACACACACACAAAAUUGAUCUCAGUUUUAAGACAAUACACACAAAGUCAUAGGAAAUUUACAGUAAACUUAUUGAAGUGCUCUUUAAACUCUACGAAUAUAUAUAAGAUAUAAUUCGGCUAAUGCAUUUAGCGAUUUUAUUUCACAGCAAUGAAAAAAUUUGAUUUCGAUGCAAUGAAAAAAUUUCAUUUCGAUGCAAUGAGAAAAUUCGAUUUCGGUGCAAUGAAAAUAUUUGAUUUCGAUGCAAUGAAAAAAUUUGAUUUCGAUGCAAUGAGAAAAUUUCAUUUCGAUGCAAUGAAAAAAUUUGAUUUCGAUGCAAUGAGAAAAUUUGAUUCGAUGCAAUGAAAAAAUUUGAUUUAGAUGCAAUGAAAAAAAAUUGAUUUCGAUGCAAUGAAAAAAUUUGAUUUCGAUGCAAUGAGAAAAUUUGAUUUCGAUGCAAUGAAACAAUAAAAACAUUAAAUUUCAUAAUAGGAUUGAGUGAAGUCAUCAAUUCUGCGAAUUUUCUGCAAUACUACUUUUUUGACUCGCCCAACUUUUGCUUUAAACCCAGAAAAUGUCUAAUCUUUCGUAUAAAAAAAUUUAUAUUUUAAUUAAAUUGAAUUCUAAAGCUUUAGCUGGAAAAUUUGAUUUCGAUACAAUGAAAAAAUAUAAAAACAUUAAAUUUCAUAAUAGGAUUGAGUCAAGUCAUCAAUUCUGCGAAUUUUCUGCAAUACAACUUUUUUGA